UUUAUUCAUUAUAAAAUAUAAUUAUAAUUUAUAAUCCUAAUUCUUAACCUAGCCAUCCCGCUUCCGUAAUAAAUAACUCAAAUAUUUAUGAAAUUAUUUUAGAUAAAAUAAAUAUUUCUAUCUCGCAUCUAAAAUGAUCUUAGAAAAAAUUAAACAGAACUCACGAAUAAAUUAUUUAUGUAAUAUUUGGAAUGUAUAUAGCAAAAGAAAAUCUAUAAAAUAUGGGUUACCCUUUAUUGUUUUCAUGAUAGGUGGUUCUUUCGGUUUAAGAGAAUGGACACAAAUAAGAUAUCAAUUUUCAGCAGUCAAAGGUGUUUCCAAAGAAGAGGCUGAAAAGAUGGGGCUUCAUAGAGAAAAAGAAGUCACUUUAGAAUCUGCUUAUGAGGAUAUAAAGAAGUUAGACAUUGAUAAUUGGGAAAACAAAAGAGGGCCGCGUCCUUGGGAAAAUAAUAUAGAACAAAAUAAACAGCAGUAACCAAAGAGUUUUAAAGAAGGCUGAUGUUAUUUGAAAACUAAGACCAAUUCAUCCUCACUCUAAUGUAUAUGGGUUGUUGUAAAUAUUGUAAAUUAGUAUUGAUACAAAUAAAAUAAUAUAAAAACUUU